UUAAUGCGAGCAUAAACCCUAAUUAUUUACCAAAGAACAAAAACCCCAAAUUUUUGACAUCCCUUCUGAACUUCCCAAAUCCAAAUUCCCAGUAACUGCACAAUGGAGCAGACUCCUGAUACCCCCCAAAGGAUUCUCUACGAAACCCUAUGCCCUCUCUCUCUUUCCACCCCAGACCAAUCUCCGCCGCCGUCCGAUCACCUCGAACCCUACUCCGUUUUCCGCAACGAGAUCUCUAUCUCCUCUCUCCGCUCCACUUCGGCGGACACCGCCGCGCCCAACUUCAUCUCCCUUGACGUUGCCGCCGAUGAAGCCGAGCCGAAAUCGGCCUGGGAAUCUCCGGCAGCCGAGCCAAAGACUCCGGUUCCGGAGCCGAAGCUCGAGAGCGGAUGGUUCCGCGGCCGUAGUAAAUUCAAGAGCCCUAUGCUUCAGCUCCAUAAAGAGAUUCUGGACUUUUGUGAGUUUCUCUCUCCUACUCCACAGGAGGAAGAGGCACGGAGGACAGCAGUAGAACGUGUUUCUGAGGUUAUCAAAUAUAUAUGGCCUCGUUGCGGGGUUGAAGUUUUUGGGUCAUUCAAGACGGGGCUGUAUCUUCCUGCUAGUGAUAUUGAUGUCGUCAUUAUGCGGUCUGGUAUUCCAACCCCACAACAAGGGUUGUAUGCACUUUCUAGGGCAUUGUCACAAAUGGGAUUGGCAAAAAGGAUACAGGUGAUUGCAAAGGCUCGUGUACCUAUUAUUAAAUUUGAAGAAAAAACAAGUGGUAUCGCCUUUGACAUAAGUUUUGAUAUAGACAGUGGACCAAAGGCUGCUGAAUUUAUCAAGGAUGCAAUAUCUAAGUGGCCUCCUUUGCGGCCGUUGUGUUUAAUUUUGAAAAUAUUUUUACAACAGAGAGAAUUGAAUGAGGUAUACUCUGGUGGAUUAGGUUCUUAUGCCCUCCUUGCAAUGCUAAUUGCAAUGCUGCAGAGCCUCAGGGAAAGCCAAGCUUCUCCAGAGCAAAAUUUGGGAGUUCUUUUGGUAAACUUCUUUGAUUUUUACGGGCGCAAACUGAACACUUCAGAUGUUGGUGUGUCUUGCAAAGGGACAGGCUCUUUUUUCUCAAAGAAUAGCAAAGGGUUCACAAAUAAAGGACGGCCAUUUCUUAUUGCCAUCGAGGACCCACAGGCACCAGAUAAUGAUGUUGGGAAGAACUCUUUUAACUAUUUUCAGAUUAAAUCAGCAUUUGCAAUGGCUUAUACUACAUUGACAAAUCCUAAGAACAUUAUGUCCCUGGGCCCGAAUAGGAGCAUUCUUGGUACCAUAAUUAGACCGGAUGCAACAUUGGCGGAACGAAAAGGAGGGCCUGGUCAGGUGACUUUAGAUAGCUUGCUUCCAGGAGCAGGGGAGCCACUUCGGCCAGAGUCUGAGCAGCAAGAAUUUUUAUGCAAUUGGCAGUAUGAUGACGACGAUCCCCUGCCACGGGGAGGUGACUUUGUUGGAGAUGUGAACGGGGAAUCAUCAUCUGGAAAGAAGAGGAAAUCUCCGUUUAAAGAUAAGUCUAAAUCAUCAGGUAAAAAGGGGAAAAAGAUAAAGGCUGAAGAAAAUGACUCGAGGAAAAAAGAGAAGGCAUCCAUGAAGAAGGAACGGAGACAGAAACGGAAACAAUCCCGAGAGAGUCUCAAUGGAUAUGGUGCUUAUGUUGGAGGGUCUCCAUGGAGUCGCUAGAAUCCUUCUCAAGCCUGUAUGUCAUCUGCGUUGUUGUCCCUGGUUUUAUUCUCCACUGCUAGUGGGUUCUGACCAGCAUUGCCCUUCACGUACCAAAUGGGUGCGUAACAUGAAGGGCAGCAGCACAUUACUUGAUGUUGUUCAGUUCAGUGACAAAGCCGACAUCAUAGGAUAAACCCGUCCGUGCAGAAGUUUGAAAUUGUUCUGCAAGGUGGGAAUAUUUCCGCCAGUUUUGCCGUGUGCAGUC